AUCUCGGUGAACCCUCCAGCUACGGGCCAUCACGAUGUCCUCUUCAUCUCAACUUCGUGCUCUGUCUCUCGGCAGCCUUCUUCUUGCGGCCCUUAGCACCCUCAGGGUUGCCGCGUUCGACGUCAGUUUGUAUGAUAAUGUUGCUGUAUACUGGGGCCAGGAUUCCUAUGGCGCUACUCAUACCGAUAGUGCGAACUUCCAGCAACCGAUAUCCUACUACUGUCAGGACGAUGCUAUCGACGUCAUCCCGAUAGCGUUCGUGGACACGUUCUUUGGCACCGGCAACUAUCCCGUGAUUAACCUGGCGAACACUUGCAACACCACCGAUAACGAGUACUUCUCUGGGACCGAGCUCUUGAACUGCUCCUUCCUGGCGUCGGACAUUGAGUAUUGCCAGAGCCAGGGCAAGAUCGUCACCAUCAGUCUUGGAGGCGCUGGUGGGGGUGUCGGGUUCUCCAAUGACAGCGAGGCGCAGUCAUUUGCAGACACAAUCUGGGACAUCUUUUUGGGAGGAUCGAGCUCCGACAGGCCCUUCGGUAGCGCUGUCCUCGACGGUAUUGACCUCGACAUCGAGGGCGGGUCGGACACCGGCUAUGGUGCCUUCAUUACUCAGCUUCGUACCCAUUUUACUGGGGCUAGCAAAAGCUACUAUAUAAGCGGCGCCCCCCAGUGCGAGUACCCCGAUCAGUAUCUCGGAAGUGCUCUCAACAGUGCCUGGUUUGAUAUGGUUUUUGUCCAAUUUUACAACAACCCCUGCGGGCUGCAGAACUUCGGCGAGGCAUCUGGAUGGGACUUUGGUCUCUGGGACUACUGGGCACGGAACACAGCCAUUAACCCGAACGUCAAGAUCUUCAUUGGCGCACCUGCAUCGAGCACGGCUUCUGGAACUGGCUACCAAUCCAUUGACAACCUGUCCAGCAUCGCGAGGGUCACUCGCAACUCGUUCCCCUCAUUUGGAGGCGUCAUGCUGUGGGAUGCUUCUCAGGCUUACGCCAAUGACCGCUACGACCUUGCCAUCAAGAAUGCGCUUGUGGCCGCCGGCAGCACGGGCUUCACCUACCCGCCUUGUGAUGCUCAGGCGUACACUAGUGGCUCGGAUUACUCAGGUGGUACUAACGUGUCCUACGAUGGGUACAUCUGGGAGACCAAGUACUAUGCCUCUGACACGCCCUCCGCCAACUAUAACGGCGAUUGGAUGCCAGUGAGCGCGUGCUCUGGCGGGACUGCCGGUUCAUCGACCGGCUCAGGCUCUUCUUCCUCCUCCGCGGCGUCCUCCACAGCCACGACCGGCACGGGCAACUGCGCAGGCGUCUCCGAGUGGUCAAGUAGCACGGCGUACACGGGCGGCUCACAGGUGCAAUACAACGGCGACCUCUGGACCGCGCAGUACUGGACCGAGGACGACACCCCUGGCGGCUCUGCGGACGUGUGGACCAACGAUGGCGCUUGCAGCUCCAGCGACGUUGCCGCACGCGCCCUGCACGCGCCCACGCCCGCGCCUGUCGCGCCGCGGAGGAGCUCUCGCUUCUUCCGCUUAUGAGCCUAUCUAUGAUAUCUAUUGGCCACGACGAGGGUGCAGCGCACUCUCCACGACUCAUGGUAUAGAAAAGCCGGCGACCCUCGCUUCUCGCCUCCCACUUUCCAUAUGGCGAUCUCGGUGUUCUGCAUGCCCCUGGCCGGCGCUGAGAACAGGCAAGAUGCGGGCGGCUCGCAGCGACGCUCACGAUGUUUAUGAUCUUAUGUUAACGUGGGUUCUAGUCACGACGUUUGGGAUCUUCUGGUCCCCCCUCUCCUUCUCCCGCUCUCCCCUCCCCCUGGGCGGCUGGCCCCCGCGGGCCGGCCUUGCGACGUCUUUCUCGUAUCGUUUUCCGCAGCAACAGUGUGUAGUAGAAGUGCAAUUCAGUCGCGUUGAAGAAGCU